UCCGGUUUAGUCUCGGUUAGCUUGACGGCGCUACAUUUACGCAACGGACUCUCAGCGAAGCUUCACUGUUAUGAAACAAAGUCCUUCUGCGUGGAACCUCAGAAAUCCUCCAUCAUGCAGCUGGAGGCGCAGCUGCGACUGUGCCAGAGUUGUCUUUGGUGCUGCAAGAGGGGACUGCGCCUGCUCUCACAGAGCCAUGCACACAGAAAAUCCGCGACCUACUACGAUCUCCUGGGAAUAAGAUCUGAUGCCAACUUGGGGGAAAUCAAAAAAGCAUUUUUUGACAAAUCUAAGAAGCUGCACCCAGACAGCGACCCGUCGAACCCAGCAUUGCACGGCCAGUUCGUGGAGCUGAACGAGGCGUACCGUGUACUGAGCAAAGAGCCGAGCCGGAAGGAGUACGACAUCAAAAUCAGACACAGAUACGCUGGCGGCCCAGCCUCUACAUAUACGUCCAGUCACACCACGUAUAGAGCCAGGGCGAACACCCGGAACAACAGUCAUUACUGGGAGCAGUUUCAUCAGUCUUAUGCUGCUGAGAUGUCGUCAGAGGAAGGGCAGAAGCAUAGGAGGAAGAAGAACCUCCGCCUGCUGGGCUACUGUAUCCUGACGAUGGUGGUCAGCGUUGGAGCCCACGCGAUCUUCUUCAGGAAAUUGGAAGACGUUCACUCCAACUUCAUGGACGAGAGAGAUCGAAUUAUUACAGAGAUUUAUAAUGAUUCCAAAGAGCGGGCGAGGGUCAACGGUUUUAAGAAACAGACAGAAAUCCUCCGGCAGAAACACGCCGAGUUCCUGGAGAAGUACAAGAAACCCAACAGUGGAGAGGCCAAGUAGGAGCGAGUCCUGCUGUUCUCCGUGGUGAUUGGAGUUGGAACUGUCAGCAGGUGGAAGGUGGCAGACUGAAUGUGGUUUAGGAUUUUUAAAGUUUUAUAUUUUCUGACCCAUUGAAACGUGUUAAAGUUAAAGCAACCAAUGUUUAACCCUAGAUACUGAAGAAACAGAAGAGGAAAGUGUGUUGAAGUGGGACAGUUUCAUUUUCUGUCCAAGCUGAGCUGCAUAUUAGACCGAACUAUUGAUAGUUUUCAGCGGCUUUGCAUCACGUGGACGGUCACAAGAAUGUUCUCAGAACCCUUUACCUCCAUUUGUCCGAAGGAGACACAAUGAACAUGUCAACGCAUCAAACUGCCUCUAAUGAACUCACAGGAACGUGCAAGUUAACGUCUUCCGCCUGAUUACUGUGUAAGUGGUGCACAGCUUGCACAGCUCAUAGAUAACAAUGAUGUUGCACACUGUAGAGGCAGGACAGCUGCGGUGGUGGAAACGUGACACACUACCGGGUUUAUUCAAAAUUCCCAGCUCUUGAUUUUGGGACCUGACUUUCUGGCUUUUUUCUUUUCUUUUCUUUUCGUUUGAGCUGCAAACUAUGAGUGAUUACUAUUAUGACAUUAAGAGUGACACUGUGCCAUUUAUUUAUUGUAAAAUAAUGAUACUGAAUUUUUAUGAUUUUGAGACUAAUUGAAGGGAACGUUCACUGGUUAUUUCAACCUGCAGAGCAGAAACAUUUCCCUUUUUGCCUUUCACUUUUUAGAUAAUAGAGGUUGUUUUUUUUGUUUUUGACUGCCUUAUCUGUCCCCUGGAGGCACGUCAGUGAGAAAUGAUUCACAGAUAAACUUUUUCUCAUCAAUCA